AUGGCGCGCGUUUAUGCCGAUGUUAACGAGCAUAUGCCUCGGUCCUACUGGGACUAUGACAGCGUUAACAUCUCUUGGGGUGUCCUGGAGAACUACGAAGUAGUCCGCAAGAUUGGCCGUGGAAAGUACUCAGAAGUCUUCGAGGGCAUCAAUGUGGUCAACUACCAGAAGUGUGUCAUCAAGGUCCUCAAACCAGUCAAGAAGAAGAAGAUUAAGCGUGAGAUCAAGAUUCUUCAGAACCUGGCAGGUGGCCCCAACGUGGUAGCUUUGUUGGAUGUGGUCCGCGACAGUCAGAGCAAGACUCCGAGUCUGGUCUUCGAGUAUGUGAACAAUACAGACUUCCGCACGCUCUAUCCUCGAUUCUCCGACUAUGAUGUCCGCUACUAUGUCUAUGAGCUCCUGAAGGCGCUGGAUUUCUGCCACAGCAAGGGCAUCAUGCAUCGCGAUGUGAAGCCACACAAUGUCAUGAUUGAUCAUGAGAAGCGCAAGCUGCGCCUUAUCGACUGGGGUCUUGCUGAAUUCUAUCACAAGGGCACCGAAUAUAACGUUCGAGUUGCCUCCAGAUAUUUCAAGGGGCCUGAAUUGCUCGUCGACUUCCAGGAGUACGACUAUUCUUUGGACAUGUGGUCUCUCGGUGCGAUGUUCGCAUCUAUGAUCUUCCGCAAGGAGCCUUUCUUCCACGGAAACAGCAACUCAGACCAGCUGGUGAAGAUUGCCAAGGUCCUUGGAACGGAAGAGCUCUUUGAGUACCUUGACAAGUACGAAAUUGAGCUGGAUCCUCAAUAUGAUGAAAUCCUUUCCCGUUUCCCUCGCAAGCCCUGGCAUUCCUUUGUCAACGCCGAAAACCAGCGCUUCGUCUCUGAUGAGGCUAUUGACUUCUUGGAUAAGCUUCUGAGAUAUGACCACGCGGAACGUCUUACUGCACAGGAAGCCAUGGCCCAUCCUUACUUUGACCCUGUUCGCCCGGAGUCGCAAGCUCAGAACAAUAGGGGAUUGUAA